AUGUCUGCUCCCUCCAGCCUGUCUGUGCUCCGGCAAGCGCAAUGUGUGCUACAUAGAGCGGUUCCGGGACCGUCCAAUGUGCUCCAGGCGACGGUGCAGAAGCGGCAUUAUGCUGCCAAGGGUCAGCAGCAGAAGGUCUCUCAGAAAAAGUCCCAGAGCUUCAAGGGCAACAAAAACUUCAAAGUUAAAGCCAGUGCACCCAAGAAGAACAGCGGCGGUGCUGGCGCGUUCCGACCACUAUCAGCAUCUCAGCUUCAGAAACCCAUCUUCCAGACCGGCCGUGCUGACGAAGUUGACCUGCGGUCGUUCGUCCCGGAACUCACCACGCCCUCGCACGUCGGUAACGCGGUGGCAUUCACCGGUCCCGACAACGACCCUAUGCGCAUAUUCGGACUGCCUACGAAUAUACUCCUUGAAUUCCGCAUCGCGUCGAAACCGUUAAGCGUGAUCCGGGAUAUUACCGUAAGCACCAUAGAUAAACUGCAAGCUGCGGCGGAGUUGCCCAGUUCGCAGACGCGGCUGGUGAUGACGGGAUCUCGUGGGUGUGGAAAGAGUUUCCUGUUGUUGCAAGCGGUGGAGUACGCAGUCCGUAGUGGGUGGAUGGUUCUCUACAUCCCAAGAGCGAUCAGUCUCGUCAACUCCACCACGACAUACACCUACGACCUGCGCACGCAAACGUACCUGCAACCCGAGUUCGCGUUUCAGACCCUCCAGCGCUUCCGAACCGUCAACGCCGAAAAGCUGCAGCAUCUCCACACGUCACAGGAUAUCCCUCUCGAUAGGAGGUCAUCCCUCCCCGCCGGCAGCGGGCUGGUGGACCUCAUCGAAAUUGGCACGAGGGACGUGUAUCUGGCGCCGACGGUGCUUAGCGCGUUGAUGGAGGAGCUGGGGAAGCAGACGAGGUAUCCGAUGUUGCUCGCAAUAGACGACUUCCAGGCGCUGUAUUGUAAGACCGCGUAUCGUGACCCGCAAUUCGCCUCCAUCAAGCCGUGGCAUCUCUCAAUGCCCCGGUUACUCCUCGAUUACGCCAGUGGUAGGAAGUCAUUCGCCAGAGGUGCAGUUCUCGGCGCACUCUCAACCGCGGACACGACGUACCGCACGCCCCUCGAACUGCGUAAGGCCCUCGGCCUGCCCGACGAGCAACCCACGAGCCCGUACGUCAAGAUGAACGAGACGAAGAUGGAGUACGCGAAGGGCCUGCAGGCGCUGCCCGUCCCGGAGAAGCUGCAGCUGGACGAGGCUGCCGCGGUGUUUGAGGUGUGGGCGAAGGAUAAGGCCGUCACGCAAGCAGCACCCAAGGACGAGCUGUUCAUGGCGGAGUAUAGCGCUGCUGCAGGCAAUGCGAGGAACUUUGUGCAGGGUAUCUUGGGCACAUUUACGCUAUAAUCCUAAUUCUAUUGCUGCGCCUGUUGCUACAUAGCCCUGGUUUCGUAUAGUACACUGGGUUUCGAGGGCUGUCUGUCUACAUUUAUGGCAGAUGGGAAAUGCUAUUUGGUGACCGGUGC